AUGUAAUCUAGAAGUGAAGUCCCUGAUAUAAAUAAAUUAUUAAAUAAAAUAGAAGAUAAUUAUAAUAAAAGCUAAUAUUAUUAAGUAAAAAGCUUUUCAAAAAACUCUAAAUAAGAAAUAAAUUAAAUUAUUGAUUAAUAAAAUAGGAGCUCAUAGCAGGUAAUAUAAAAAAUAAAUUACGGGUUAUAUGAUUACUAAAAGUAAAAUGUAAAUAAGAAAAAAGUAUAAAGUGACAAUGUUAUAUUUAUAUAAGAACAAAUAAAGAAUUAAUAAUAAUUAUAAGAUAUAAAUUAAAAUAAAAAAUACAUAAAAUAUAUAAAUAAUUAAAUUGAAUAUCUAACACCAUAAAUAAAUAAUAAAAAAAAAUAUUUAAAUUCAAAUGUACCAUAUUCUUGUGAAUUUAUUAGCCUUUCACCUAAGUUAAAUGCUUAGUAAUAAUUGUAUAAUAAUAAUAAUAAUAAUAAUAAUAAUAAUAAUAAUAAUAAUAAUAAUAAUAAUAAUAACAUUAACAAUUUUUCAAACAAUAAUUAUUUUAAAUAAUAAUCUUAAGGAUCUAUUACUUAUUUAUAAGAAAGCUCCUUAAAAUAUUUUAAUUAUGAUAAGUAAAAUAGUUUGUCUAAUAUUCAUUAACCUUAAAAAGUAGAAGAAAUUAUAAAUUAAAUAUAAUUUGAAAAAUUAAGACAAUAAAUAUAAUAAUAACAUUAUAGUUAAAAUAAUAAUAUUUUAAUAUCUGAUUUUUAAGUUAAUUAAAAUAAUUUUUCUAAGGAUAAAAUAGUCUCAUUAUCAAAUUUAAAAGAUUUUAAUAUAAUAUAGAAUAUAUAAAUAUCCGAAAAUAUUGAAACCGAAAAUAAUUAAAAUAUUAAAACUGUAAAUACUCAAAUUAUUAAUGACUAAAAUAUAGAAAAUAAUAACAAAAGCAUUAUAAGUUCUAAUGAAAGUAUCAUAGAAGAACGUAUUACCUAACCUUUAGAUAUAUAAAUUAGAGAAAGUAAUAUUGGUAGUUUAGAAAUUUAAAAAAAAUAAAGUAUUUUUAACAAUAAUUAAGUUAAAAGUGAAUUAACAACAUUAAAUUAAUUAUUGUAAUAAUAUUAAUAAAAGAAAAAAAUUAUUCGGAAUAAUUUAUAAUAUGGAUUAAAUGAUUUAAUUUUUAUAAAAUAAUUAGGAAAGGGUAUGCAUUCGGAAGUUUUUUUAGCUCAAGAUAAAUAAACCGGCUUCCUUUUUGCAAUCAAAAGGCUUUGUAAAAAAUAAUUGAUUGAAUAUGAAAUGGAAGAAUAAUUUAGUCAUGAAAUAAAAAUCUAAGCUUUUUGUAAUUAACCUAAUAUUAUUAAAUUAUAUUACUAUUUUUCUGAUCAGUAUUAUUUUUAUUUAGUAAUGGAAUAUGUUUCAGGAAAAUAACUUUCUGAAUAUUUGCGAGAAAGUGAAAAUAAUUGCUUAUAAGAACCUUAAGGCGCUUAUUAUUUAUUGUAAGUUUCUUAAGCUAUUUAUUAUUUGCAUAAAAUGAAUAUAAUGCAUAGAGAUAUAAAAGCUGAUAAUUUAAUAAUAUCUAAUGAAGUAGUAAAAUUAGCAGAUUUUGGAUAUUCGAGAAAAUGUUAUUAAUAAAAUAUAAGAAAUACUUUUUGUGGAACAUUAGAUUAUUUAAGUCCUGAGAUUAUAAAUGGAGAAAGUUAUGAUAUUUAUGUAGAUAUUUGGGCUUUAGGUGUUCUAGCGUAUUAAAUUUUAUAAGGUAAAGCGCCUUUUUAUGAGGAAUCUUAAAAUUAAACUUUAGAAAAAAUAAAAUAAGGGAAAUUUAAGUUUUAAAAAAAUAUGAGUUUUUAGGCUUAAAAGUUUAUUAGUUAGUUGUUGAUUAUUAAUUAAUAAAGUAGACUUAAUAUUACAGAAAUUCUUAAGGAUAAUUGGGUUUUAGGAUAGGCUUAAGUUUAUGAAAAUUAAAUGUAGGUAUUUGAAGAAAUUAAUGUUUUAAUGUUAUAAUUAUAUAAAUGA